UGACCACGUGACCAAUGGUAAAAUCACUCCACGCAUAACGUCAUUAAACGUUACGGUUUCACACACCGUAGAGAGGAAGUGAAGGCUGCACCAAGAGAACAAUGGGAGUUGAAGUUGAGACCCUCAGACCUGGAGACGGACAACAUUUUCCGCCUAGGGGACGCACGGUCGUGGUUCACUAUGUUGGCACGCUGACAAACGGGAAGAAGUUUGACUCCUCCAGGGACCGAGGAGAGCCCUUCCAGUUCAAACUAGGAGCCGGAGAAGUCAUCCGUGGCUGGGAUGAAGGUGUGGCUCAGAUGAGUCUUGGCCAAGUGGCCAGGCUGACCGUCUCGCCGGAUUACGCGUACGGCAGCAGAGGAUAUCCCCCUGUCAUCCCUCCAAACUCCACCCUCAUCUUCGAGGUGGAGCUCUUGAAAUUUCAGUGAGCUGCUCUGGGAUUUCAGAAUGAGUUACUCCAUGUUUAUUUUUUUCCCCACUUUUUCCCCCCCACUUCAUUCUAUCCACAUCUGUCAGAUUUGUUUUGAAACAAAGGUGCUGUUGGGGAUGACUCACUUGUAAAAAGGUUUUAACGAACCUGAAAAUACACACUUGAGACGAUUCUAAUAGUGGCUGUAAUGUUGGUGCAAAGCUGUCACUCAGGUCCAUGAGCUUGAAAUGAAUCCUGCACUAAUUUCACAGAUAAGAUCCACAUCAAUUCAUUACAUGUUGAGUAAAACAGAACAAAGGGUCAGGGCCGAACAUGAGUUGGGGUUUCACUUUUCACACCUGAAAUAUUUUAUGAUUGUGAUAUUUAAUUGAAAUCUCAAAGUGCGUUGGUGAUAGGUUCACUGCAGGGCACCAGUAGUAUGGUAGGUGUGUUGUGUUAAUGCUGCCUGAACAUUUAUAUUCAUCAGUUCAGAUUUGUAACAUACGUGCAGUGUUGGUUAAAUCUCACUUCCUGUAACAUAUCUUGCUAGGAUAGAGAAUAGUGAAUCAGGUAAAAGUGCUGGCUGUCAGGUUAUUAGUUGCACAAUUUCAGCUAUUGUAAUGAAUAAAUUGGUUUUCUUUGCAGCGUCUUCUUGAUGAGGUGUUUUUCCUGUCAGUGCAGCUCUUUCCUUCACUUGCCUGUUAAAUGUUGAUGCACUAAAGGCACAUGAAGUAAGAGCUGCACAUACUGCAGUUAUCCUUGUAAGAUAUUAAUCAUUAGUGGGUUGUUUAUUUUACAGUGGUUUAAUAUAAGUUGAUAGUGUCAAAGUGGUUGUUUUUAAAGCAUGUUGUCAAAACAUUUUUGUUUACAUGUUUUCCUGCUGUGAAUUUUUCCUCUUAACACCAUAAAACAAUGAAAGGAGUAAACGCUUCAUCAGUAGUGGCUUGUGAUGUUUACCGUAUUUGAUCUUAAAACCAGAUUUUGACGAUUCUUAAACGGGCUGUUCAAUGUUUAAGUCGGCUGUUAGACCUAAAGUGUCUUUGUUUGGCAUCACAAGUGUUUGUUUUUUUGGGCAGGAUAAUUCUCCUUUUUCUCCAUCUUUUUUAUUUGUUAAGCUCAUCCACGGGCUCUUCUGAGCAACAAUAAAAUAACCUUGUGUCUGA